GAGCGUUUGAAUUUUUCCUUGAAAAAAUAUGUUUUGUAAAUAGAGAUAACUGAAUAGCUAUUGUUCUGAAGGCAGACCAUAAUGCGCAACUGGAUACUAUCAAAAAUUAAAAUGCAUCUAAGAAACCCUUCCACCUGCCUACGCCUAAAGUGAAGUAUUCAAGGAGUAUUCAAAGACUCAAAAUAAACCGCUUACCAGCACUAGUACUCAUAGAGCUGAUUUUGUAGGAGAUAACAAGAGAGUCGAAACAACAGUUAGUUUGGUCAGUUUUGCUUAGUACAUUUGGUAAAAAGAAAGAAAUCAAGCUGCAAGAAGCCGUUCCCAGUUAACGAUAAUAGCUGACACGUAGGUAAGAUUGUCAAUAAAGACGCUUUAUUUAACUCGUAGUAUCCGACGCUUUCGUUUUAUAUCAGUAGCUUAAUGAGUGUAACAAAAAAAAAAAAAACAAAAAAAAAAAUGUUGAACAAUAAUGAUGAUUACUAGGAAGCACUAAUGGAUCGAUAACGUUCUCGUUUUUCUUCAUAAAGAGAUUGUUAUUCUUGACAGAAAUAUGAAUAUCUACACGAAGUUUCUUGUUUUCGCCGCUGUGUUUUUACAAUUCGCGUCAUUUCGUAAUUCUUUCGCCGAAUCUUGUGAAGCCUAUCGUUUCGUCAAAGAAGAAGGAAAGGCACUAGUAAAUCACGUCAUCAAAACCACGACAAUGAACUUAGAAGAACUUUGUUGGGAUGCUUGUGUUUGGCUACCAUGGUGUUUCUCGAUCAACGUUCGUCAUACCAGUUGGGGUGUCGUUGAAUGUGAGCUGAAUAACUCCAGUAAGAAAGCCAGUCCUGGUAGCUUGGUGUCUAGAGAAGGAACAGACUACAACCAGAUGGGGUAUAGAGUAUGGAGUUUGGACGCAUAUCGCGAUGAGCUGGACAAGUGAUGACUCUACAACGUCAGCAGAACUCGCCAUUAAUGGUGUAAUAGAAGCCACAUUAAACUUCUUUGGUACCUUCUCAGGAGCGACUACCAAGGAUACUUCCACCUAUACCCUUGGGAUGCAAAAAAACAGAUUUCAUGGUUCAGAUUUAUACUCUUUUAAAGGACACAUUAGCAAUCCUAAAAUGUUUAACAGAAAACUACAUAUCGAUGAGAUCAAGAAAGACUUUGCACAAUCGAUUGAUAUUCCAGACCUGUCAGCUGUUUGGAUUGGCUUAAACAGGACGGACCAUACCAGUGAGUUUUCAUGGUCAGAUGGCAGCCCACAUGAUUACUUCACAUCGCUGGUGACUAAUCACCACUGUGCAGCCUCAGGAAAAGAUGGCCAAUGGUUUGGUAGACACUGCCUUGAGAAAAAGCCUCUCAUCUGUGAGAAAGCAGCAGAGUAACUACCUGUAGUAACAGAUUUUAACUAGAUGCUUUUACUCAAUGUUAUGUGUAUGUGGUUAGUUUGAAUGUGUGGUCCAGCCGGCUGACAACAAAACAGGAAGGCGCUGGAGGACCCUGGGUACGAGAGUGUAUUUUAAUACAUCUAAGAAAAAGCUGAGGAGAAAUACAACAGACUAUCUUGCACUAAAGACGAAUGUUUUUUGAAAGAAAAUAAGUGUUUGUGGGUCGCAUUAAGACAUAAUGUAUAAAUGAUUUGCUUCAUCGGCCCAAGAAUUGUUAAUGGGUAACGUGUAUGGUUAGUAUGAAGUGUAGGCACCGCGGGUGGUCACUGUCGCCAGAGUUUCUUUACAUCCUCAGUAGAGCCUUUUACAUCCCUCCGAAUGAUUGGUUAAUAACGAUGAAGUAUGGAGGGACUGGAAAUUUCUUGCACCCUCCUUGAAAUUGUCUUGAAGACGAGGCUAACAUGCAUAUACGAAAAAAUGGCACAAGUACCAUAAAGAAAAAGUGUGAUCAGCUCUUUUUAUUUCCAUGUGAGCCUCACAUCCAAGAUACUUUUGAGAAAGGUCCAUUGAGGGCCGCAACGCACAUUAGAAAAAAUAAGGCGCAUUGUAGCUAAUUAUUGUAUAAACAAUCCUAUUAAAUGGUUUUAAAUGUC